AGUAAGAGAGAGAGAGAGAGAGAGGUGGAGGGGGAGAGGGAAAGCAGAGGAGGGUACUUUGGGAAGCAGUGCAGCCUGCUCAUCUGAUCCCUGUAGUUCAGAGAGAGUGUGUCAUGUUACAGAGAAGCCAGGAUCAGCCGCAGUGCAACUCCACAGAAGUUGAGAAUCACCUCUCUCUAAUGGGGACUUUCAUGUGCAAUCUCUACACCGCUCUGCUAAGGAACUGAAGCUGAUAAACCUAGAGGGAGAGGAAAAAGGACUACAAGCAGCUGAAAAGACUGAAAGACAAAAACUGAGCAGACUAUUUUUCCCCAAAGCUUUUCUGGAGCUGGAUCCUUUUUUAAAAUAACUUUUUCCCCCAUUUAUUCAUACAAUUUUCUUCUUGUUGCUGUAAUAACUAUUGGCAUUUUGUGGCAUUGGGAUUCCCUGGAACGCUGCUCUGCCAUGCAUUUUGGAUUGUGUUUCUCGGAGUAGGAUUGAGACUUUAUUUAUUCUAUUUAUUUAUUUAUUGUUUCUCAGGACAGGGCGGGAAUGUUGGAGGAAAAGGGCUGGAAAGGUGCUAGCCAGAGUGCCUUUGACAGGGGAUGUGUUGCUCUCCACAGGACAGGGGAUGGGGAAAGAUGCUGUAGACUUCCUCUACUGCUGGGCUUUGGGCUUCCUGGGGCGUCUUUGCUUUCUCUGGUGCUGAGCCUCCUGCUAUACUUUAGGACAUCAGACCUGCAAUCCAGGGUUUCUCAUUUGGAAGCAGACAGAUCCUCUCAGCUCCCUGCCUGGCUCUCUGCAGACCAAAUGGAGACAGCUAUUUUGGGAAGAGUUGACCAACUGCUUGAGGAGAAGUUAAAGUUCAGCUUGCCAAGACAUCGAGAAGUUCGAGAAACCCACCAGAGAUGUAACUGCCCAGCAGGUCCACCUGGCCCUACAGGAAGACCAGGGCUUCCGGGAGACAAAGGCACCAUGGGAAUCCCUGGACGACGGGGACUAAAAGGGCAGCCUGGAGAAAAGGGAGCUCCAGGAGAAGCAGGCAUGUCCAUCAUUGGGCCCCGAGGGCCUCCUGGACAGCCUGGAACAAGAGGUUUUCCUGGAUUUCCGGGCCCUAUUGGUUUGGAUGGCAAGCCAGGCCAUCCUGGACAGAAAGGGGAGAUGGGUGCAGCUGGUCCUAAGGGGCAGCCGGGACCUCCAGGACAAAAAGGAGAGAAGGGUCAAUGUGCUGAGUACCCACACAGGGAAUACCUAAGUACUACACUUGCAGCUCUACGCUCUAAUCAGAUCCUUACACUGAAGGGUGAACAAGGACAGGCAGGGAUCCAGGGCCCGCCAGGGCCACCUGGUCCACCAGGGCCAACAGGACCAGCUGGACCAGCAGGACAUUCAGGACAACCUGGGCCAAGUGGGCCACCUGGCAGAGCAGGGGAGCCUGGGAAGCCUGGCAAGGAUGGGAAGGGCAUACCUGGACCCCCUGGACCAAAGGGAGACACAGGAAUUCAAGGCUACUCUGGAAGGAAGGGUGAGGUAGGCGAGGCAGGCCUACCAGGUGCACCUGGCCUUCCCGGACCUGUUGGCCCCAAGGGUGAAAAGGGGGACACUGGCAUGAAGGGAGAGAAAGGAAAAGCUGGUGAUCCUGGCCUGCCUGGGCUCCUCGGGCUAAAGGGAGAGAAGGGAGAUGCUGGUAAUGUGCUCGGGGGAGGUAAAGGAGAACCUGGACUCCCAGGAUUACCUGGGGCCCCAGGACUAAAGGGAGAAGCUGGUGACAUUGGCCAGCCUGGACGGCAGGGAGAAAAGGGAGAACCCGGUGCACCUGGAGAUCAUGGACCUGUUGGUCCAAGGGGUCCCAAAGGAGAACCAGGAAAGGAUGAAAUGGUGGAUUAUGAUGGUAACAUCAAUGAUGCUCUACAGGAAAUACGAACUUUGGCCCUGAUGGGACCUCCUGGACUUCCAGGAGCAGCUGGACCCCCAGGGUCACCAGGACAAAAGGGUGAAAUUGGCUUGCCAGGGCCUCCUGGGCAUGAUGGAGAAAAGGGCCCACGAGGUAAACCAGGAGAAAUGGGGCCUCUUGGUCCCCAAGGGCCCUCAGGAAAGGAUGGACCUCCAGGAGUAAAGGGAGAACCUGGACUUAUGGGGACUCCAGGACUGAAAGGAGACAAAGGGGAGGCAGGACAAGCUGGCUCACCGGGUCUCGAUGGCCCAACCGGGGAGAAAGGAGAACAAGGUGACCAAGGGAUACCAGGAUCUUCUGGAUUACCGGGUCCAAUUGGACUUCCAGGACUUACAGGAGAGAAGGGAGAACCUGGAGAACGUGGAGAAAAAGGAAACCCAGGGGAGUCAGUAUCUGGGCCACCUGGGCCCCAAGGUCCACCUGGUGCUUCAGGUCCUCAAGGCCUUCCAGGACCGAAGGGGGAAGCAGGGAUUGAUGGAAUGAAAGGAGAGAAGGGUGUCCAGGGUGAAAAAGGAGACCGAGGUCCACUGGGAUUACCCGGUGCCUCAGGUUUAGACGGCAGGCCUGGACCACCGGGUACUCCAGGACCAAUUGGAGUUCCAGGACCAGCAGGACCAAAAGGGGAAAGGGGAAGUAAAGGAGACUCUGGAAUUGCAGGACCAAUGGGACCAGCUGGGCUUCCUGGUUUACCAGGCCCACCUGGUGACAAAGGAAACCGGGGGGAGAGGGGCAAGAAAGGCUCUAGAGGGUCUAAAGGGGAUAAGGGAGACCAAGGAGCGCCUGGAUUAGAUGCACCCUGUCCAUUGGGGGAAGAUGGCUUGCCAGUUCAGGGAUGUUGGAAUAAGGGUCAAACUCCUUGGCUGAUAGCCAAAAAGUGAGACAAGUAACAGGCUGGAGAAGCUUGGGGAAUAACUACGACAAUGAAAGGAGAGCACCCUGCCUAAAGAUUUGCUGAAGAUAUUUUGCAAGUUGCCUCGCUGGAGCAUGGGAGAAUUCUUCAGUUGCACGCACCAGUUUUGUGCCAAGAUGACGUGCUUGGUGUGGCUGCAGGAGAUGGGUAUGCCAAUCAUUUUGGCUUUGUGUUUUGCCCUCUCUUUCCAGAGGUCAGCAGUAAAGCUCAAAAAUAACACCUUUUUGUCAGUUUCACUAAUUGUAUUUUUGUCAUUGGACUCUUCACAUGAAGAUUUGGGCUGGUUUUCCAGCCAAUAUGUAAAGUAAGUGUAAGAUGUAGCCAAAAUUUUUUAUUGGAGUCUCUCAAUACAAGAAGGAAACUUUUUGUCUGGAACAAUCAUCUUUAAAAAAAUCGCCUAUAUCCAUUUUGGAGAGAGGCUUCAAGAGGACAUGCUAAAAGCUUUGCUACCUUUUCUGGUUACCAGAUGACAAACUUCCAUCUGUUACCUUUGAUGAUUCCAUCUUUAACCCUUUCACAACCUUUGAUCGCCUGCCUAAACUAUAAAUUAAUGAAUCUUAAAAAAAAGUGAUAUCAAACUUAAAGGUCACAUAAUAUCUUUCUCAUGUAAAACCUCUAACAUGUGAAGGAAUCCUGGUUUCACUGAGAAGGUUUGGCAUUCUGUGGUUCUAUUGUAAUUUCAGCCUUUCAUUCUAUAAAUUGGCAGAAUUAGUCAUCAUUAGGAAAAACAAGUUGAUUCAGGUGAUAGGCCAGUAAUCCACGUUAGGGUUUAGUUGAGAGAGGCCUAUUUUCAUAGUCAAAGUGAUUUAUUUUGAAAUUGAAGCAAAUACCAAAAAGCAGAUACCUCAUCUCUGCCACUUCACCUGGAACAACCAUGACUAAAUUACUGGCGCUUUUUUAUCAGUAUCUGAGGGCUUCUCGAUACAGAAAUAUCCACUUAGAUUAAGAUAAAGUUUAUGUUUAAAGUGAA